UGCGUGUUUGAUGGUGCAGUGGCCGUGGACCGAAUGGAUAUUAGCAAACGAAAUAGCUACUGUAGCUGAAUAUAAAAUCGAAUGUUUUGCCAAAUAAACAGUUUGUUUUAUUUUCAAGAUCGAUGGACUUAAUCGUGAAUUGUGCAUUAUAAGUGGUAAAAUCGAUUUCGCGGAUUUGUCUUUUUUGUUUGACCGUUUGUCAGUGAGUCCCCCUCUCUAAACAAACGCCUUUGUGGCUAUGACUACGGAUUUACUAUCUGAUUUGGAUAGUCGUUUCUUCGCUGAUAAUCUGCUGACAAGCGAAGAUUGGGAUGCCUGUCUUUACCAGUGUGAAAGCAUGGAGGAGGGUGAGGACGUGGAGUACACGAGAGGACUUAAAUAUGAAACAUCGUUUGACAGCGAUCUUGUGCUGACUCUUGAUCCUGACAAUCCCACAUCACCAUGGAGACACCUGGACGACAACCUUCUUACAGGGGACAGUCCUGUAUUGAAAGACGAAAUGACCAUAACGCAGCCUCUGCCAGUGGACAUGUUGUUCCAGGUGAAAGCGGAGCCUCCCUCUCCCGCCUCUUCACUGGACUCGGACUGCUCCAUAACGUCGCUCCCAGACUCCCAGAUUACGGUGAAAGGGGAGAACCCUCCUACGCCUCCCUACAUGUUUGGGGACGUGCUGUCCCCGCCGCUCGGCUCGUGCGAGGUCACGGUGGCGUCCCAGUCCCAGCCGACGACAGCCCUCCACGCGGCUGACCCGCUGGCCCAGUCCACAGUCCAACCCACAGCGACCACAAUCAAAGCCACUAGCAUCCUGAGCAGUAAGCCUCCCAUUCAGCCCAGGCCUGUGUGUGUCGCGGCGCUGCCCGUCCCCCAGGGCCCGAGCCCAGCCAAGGCCCUCAUCCUGCACAGCCUGCCCGCCAUGGACCAGAACCGGCCCGUGGUGCUUUCCCAGUCGGUCUGUCUUGGGUCGGCUCCGGCCAUCGUCAAAAUGGAGCCUGUCUCUCCCCCCAUGCCCCACUGCCACAGCCCCACGGCCCCGUUCCCCAGCAAACCCAUUGUCCCAGCAUCCUCUCUGCCCGGGAGCAACUGCCAUGACAUCGAUGUGAGUGUCUGUCAGUCACGUGUCAGUCAGUCAAUGAAGGUGAUGAAGAGGCAGCAGCGGAUGAUCAAGAACCGGGAGUCGGCGUGCCAGUCGCGCAAGAAGAAGAAAGAGUACCUGCAGAACCUGGAAGGCCAGCUGAGGGAGGCGCAGCAGGAGAACGAGCGCCUCCGCAGGGAGAACCAGGCCCUGAGGGAGAGGCUCGCCGGGAAGGAGGGAAGUGAGUCUGGCAACAACAAGAGGGCCGUAUGUGUCAUGGCCGUGCUGCUCUUCAUGACCUUCAGUUUCGGCCCUGUCAGUAUCAUAGACAGGAAGCUGGAGACGGGGUUUCAGGAAGCGGCGGUCCCUCAGUCGAGGAGACAUCUCCUGGAGUUUGACACGGCUCAGGAGCACAGCAGAGUGGAGGAGAGGACAGACCACGAGGAGGACGGAGGAGAGGACAGGUGGAAGGGAGAAGUUGAGAGGGAUUCUGCUGAUUCGUACCAGUUCAGGAACCUGAGUGACGUGUUCAGCGACGUGAAGGACCUGGUCCUUCAGGACAUCGACCGCUACUUCACCUCCAACGACUGCAGGCAGUUCAACCGCUCUGAGUCCCUCAGGCUGGCUGAUGAACUACGAGGAUGGGUUCACCGGCACCAGAUCGACAGGAAGAAGUCUGGAGGGAAGCCAAAGAUAGUGAAAAAAGCCAAAAUAGCUCAGAAAGCACAGCUGAGGAAGACAAACUUCUCCAGAUAUCUGCCCAUUCAGAGCCAUCGGUCCAUUGAAAGUCAGUUACAGGUGUUCCCUGCAGGUCCAGAGAUCAGCUACAGUGACUUCAUGGACGCCAUCGACCGGCGCGAGGACACAUUCUACGUGGUCUCCUUCAGAAGGGAUCACCUGCUGUUGCCGGCCAUCAGCCACAAUAAGACCACACGGCCCAAGAUGUCUCUUGUGAUGCCGGCCAUGUCUGUUAACGAGAGCUUAUAUAACAAGUCCCAGGGCUUCGAGAUGAUGAUGCAGGUGGACUGUGAGGUGAUGGACACGCGGAUCAUCCCCAUCAAAGCCUCGGCCGUCCCCCCGUCCCUCCGCGACCCCCCUCCGGCUCCGCCCGCCACGCACCACCACCAUCACCACAGCAACCACACGUCCCUCCGCGGCCGCCACCACCCCCACGCCGGCGGAGGGGCGCCCCCGCGGCAACCCUUACCUGUCGGGAGACAGGAGGCCGAGUAUUUCAUCAGCCAGGGGGGCGGGGUUUGAAGCUAGCGAGCGUGAACGAAUGAGAGAGGGUCUGGUGGGAGAAGGGGGGGGGGGGUUGGAUGACUGGGAGAUGGGAGGAAUUAUAACAGACAGUGGGAGAGAUGUAGGUAGCAAAGCCGUCAGGGAAUUACAGAGGCUGUAGGCUAAUUUAUUUAACAAACAAGACCGUUACGUUACGGUGCCAUGUAGUUAAAACAUUGUCUCGGCAGCUGCAUUUAUUUUACUUAAGUGUAAAUCAAUUUCACAAUUGACUAAGAGAAUACCUACUUAACUAAACAAACCUGCUGUUUUCAAUAAGAACAACAUGGAUUUAAAAAAAUAUAUUAUUAAAGAACCUGUUGAGUGCUUAGGCACCUGUGUCUGUAUGCAAAUGUACUGGGAGACAGUACCUGAUUUAACCUCCAUCUCUCUUUUUCAACUCCACCCCCUAUAAUCCAUUAUCUGUCUGAAUAAUAAAUUAAGCAAACAUCCCCAGAAAUAAAUAUGUAAAUAAACAAGAAAAUCUGAUAGGCUACGCCAUUACCCACAUUAAACCCAUGCCACUUCACCCACAUGAAAAAGACAAUGCCUCUUAACUAAAUUUCUUAAUAUAUAUAUAUAUCUUGUUUUUUAUCAAACAGCGACCUGGCAGUUCACUGCACUUAAAUAUAGCUCAGAAGUAAUCACUGAAAUAUACAGAUAUUUACCUAAAUGACAAAAACACCAGCAGAGAGUGUCUAAAUAGGUUGACGUCACCACAAGUUACCCAAGCUGCUUUUAAUGUGCCAUCGCAUAGAAUUUCCUGUCUGGAUGUUUAAGUUCUAGAAAAUGCGCUGCAUUGAAAAUACUUCUUUCUGGUGUCCACAUAAACAGCGUCUGUCACAACUGCUGCAACAAUUCCCUUAGUCAGGGCAGCCAAAAUAAUCAAGUGGGCCUGCCCCGAAAAACAUGACCCAAAGCAUGGUGGACCGUUAAUUCCUCUUUGAUGUGGAAGAACCUGCUUUCAAUAUAAUGUUUUUUUUUUUUCAUCCCUCAUUUACUCAAGUGUUUCUUUUAUUUUGGGAGUUACAUUCAGCUAAUGUUAGUGGACUGCUCAUGCUGUCACUUGAGGGCAUUUUCUUUUGUAGAGGUAAUGUCUGUAUAUUUGCGUUUUAUUGCUCUCCGUUGAAAUUCCAUUUAGAGGGUUCCUACAGUUGAUGCCGGUCGGAUGCUAGUCGACAGCUUGGUUCUGUUUUUAGUUUGUUUAAUGUAAACGUUUAUGGAUUUGUAUGAGAAUUAUUUAACUUGUGCUUAUUGGUUGUAAAUAUCUAAUUGUGUCUGUUAUGUUGUUCCUUAAGAUGUAUACCUGUAUUUUGCUCUGGCCUCUAAACAGAGGUAUUGAACUUUCUCCUCAGGGACCAUGAGAUGUUUCAACAUUUUGUUGUAGCCCUGAGCAGGCAUACCUGAUUCGCUAAUUAGCUGACAAGUCUAAUCAGGUGUUCUUGCUCUAGAAUAGAUCAAAAACAUGGAACGACUGGGGGUCCCUGAGAGUAAGGUUGAAUACCUCGGCUCGAAACCUCUUCAUCUUACGGGCACCAACCAGCUGUUCCUUGGCUCCAGAAGUGAGCACAGUAAUGCAUAGAUGUCCUUUGAACUCUUUAGGCUUAAAUCUAUUUGCGUUGAACACUGAUGGCCAUGGUGACCAUACAAUGUGUUGUUUGUAUAUAGUUGUACAUUUCCAUCACUUCCUGUUUCCAGUUGCAGAUCACUACUUCUAUAUGUUGCAGCAUCAGACUUCAUUCACUGUAUCUCCAUGUGAUUAUGGAAAUUGCCGGCAGAUGUGAGUAGAGUAAUAACAUGAUUCUAAUUUGAGUCAAUUAUCAAUGUUAUCAAUUUUUUUUUCAUCGCUCUGAACACUGCCAUCCUGAGUUUUCUGACAAACAUUAUAAUUUUUUUAUCAUUACAAUGAGAUGUGAAGUCAUGUUUAGUUGCGAACUGUCUGUGAACUCUUGCUAUGGUUUGUCUUUGUUCUGCUGGAAGCACUGCACACACUUUGGCUAGUGUAUGUUUGAGGCAAUAUUGAUGUUCUAAUGGGAAUAAUGCCCCUUUUUUAAAAUCCUUUUAUAUAUAUAAAAAAAAUGACUAUAAAAAGUCAAUAUAGUGAAAAAUGUAAAUCUAUAAAACUUUGAUAUGAAGCUUUACACAUUUGUUAGGGGGUGGGGGUUUUGUCAGUGGGGAAAUAAUGCUUUGUUUUCUUAAUCUUAAGGCGUCAGAUAAAAGACAUUCCCUUCUGCAUCUGUUUUAUCUU